UUCGCUUUUUCCUCGCCGUCGUCGUCGUCGUCGUCUUCUUGCUUGCUCAGGGAUCGGCGCUCGCGAGGAGUGGCUGCAUUUUCCGCGCCGCCGCCGUCUCCCACCUUCGGGCGCGGGGACAUCCGGCCGCGAAACGCCGUCCGCCUCUGGCUUCUACGGAUGUCAGCUAGCCUGCGCCGGGUGCGCAACCCCCGAGUGCAUUGCCCUGCCUCCGUCCCUCCGUCUCAACCGAAGUCGCACUCCAUAGUAGACCCCGGAGCGAAAGCGUCCGUUCACUUCACGCCCUCUCACCUCCAAGAAGCCCUAGCUCCUCGAACCCAUUUCAGGCGAAGCCUGUCGCACUCCGCUUGCUGCUCUAGCUCGACCGACGGCAGUCCCGGCUUCGGGUUCUUGCGUCAGUUCUUGCCCCGUUCGAGCUCGCGCGCUGAUAAUUUGUGCUUCCUUAAUUCGCACGAAAGGCGAAGGCUCAUUGUCGGAUUAUCCAGACUGAUAAAGCGGAGACAAGGGUACGUCUUGAAGGCCUUUUUCGGUACAUUCUGCCCCUUUUUCCUGGUGAAGAUAUUGAAGAAUUUGCAAUCCCGCCAUACUGCUUUUGCAUUCUUCAAGCUCGUGUUCGCAGGCGAUUCCGAGGAGGAAGUCCGCUCGUGCUGCGUGGCUGCGCAUAUGUUGGCGGCCGAGGAUCUCCGUCUCCUCGCGCAGGAUAUCACUUCGUGGCUGAUCAGUAGAAUUGGGCUGUGCAGGAGUAAGGAAUUGGUAGAGUUUAUGUGGGAGAAGCACGGCCUUUAUGAAACUGAUUUCUCCAUUCUUGAUACGCUUAUGCGGGCAUUUCUGAAUGUGGGGAUGAGUGAGGAGGCGGUGGGGAUUCUGAGUAGGAUGAGGGAAGUGAACCUGAUGCCUAGCGAAUCUGCAAUGGUUAUUCUUUUGAAGUCUUUGCUUAGAGUAGGUGACUUCAGUAAUCUAUGGAAGUUGUUUAGAGACAUGAUUUUUAGGGGACCUUUUCCUUCAAAUAAAUCUGUAAAUGUAGUGCUUCUUGGGUUUUGUAGGAAAGGUCGUGUUACAAUAGCUGAGAAUUUGUUUCAUGUGAUGGGAAAAUUCGGUUUCAGACCUGAUGUUUAUUCUUACAACAUUCUGAUUGGCGCAUAUUGCGCUGGCGGGAGGGCAUUGGUAGCAAUAAACUGGGUGUAUCUUAUGAUUGAGAGAGGUUGUAGACCUAGCAAUGUUACGUUAAAUACUGUCAUCAGUGCCUUGUGUAAAGAUGGCAAUGUGGCAAAAGCAAGACAAUUUUUCGACAGUGUCCCCGAGAUGGGUCUUUCCGGAUAUACUUUCAUGUAUAACUCUCUCAUGGACGGGUAUGUUAAAGCAGGGGACAUUCUUCAGGCAAAUAUGCUUUACGAAGAAAUGCGGAGCAAUGGCAUAUCUCCUGAUUGUGUCACCUUUAAUAUUCUGGUUGGUGGUUAUUACAAGUUCGGAAGGGAAGAUGAUGGUGAUAGAUUGUUCAAGGAUAUGCUUGCGUCUAACUUGCUUCCCAAGGAUUCCCUCUAUGAUAUAACGGUUGCAGGUUUGUGUUGGACUGGUCAAAUAGAUGAGGCUGUGGAACUUCUGGGGGAUAUACUUGAGAAAGGAGAACCUGUAAACUUGACUGCAUUUAAUACAAUUAUUGCUGCUUAUGGUAGGGUCGGGAUGCACGAUAAAGCCUAUGAGAUUUAUCAGCUACUGACGAGAUUUGGUCUGUCACCUUCUUCAUCCACAUCCAGCUCUCUUCUUUUGGGUUUGUCAAAGAGAGGAAGGUUGCAAGAAGCCAGAGGUCUUUUGUAUGAUAUGAUGGAAAGGGGUUUCCCGGUCAACAAAGUGGGCUUUACAGUUCUCUUGGAUGGAUAUUUGAAAGUAAGGGACAUAACUCAGGCUCAGAGUUUGUGGGAUGAGAUGGAACUCAGGGGUAUAUCUCCUGAUGCUAUUGCCUUCUCAGCCUUCAUCAAUGGACUAUCAAAAGCAGGUUUUGUGGAGGAGGCAUACGAUAUUUUUCAGGAAAUGUUAAGGAAAGAAUUAGUUCCAAACAGUUAUAUCUACAGCGCUUUGAUUAGGGGUUUUUGUGACUGUGGGAAGCUAAAGCAAGCAGUGAGGUUGCAGAGAGAAAUGAGGCAAAAGGGUUUUCUUCCGGAUGUCUUUACUUCCAAUGUUAUUAUUGAUGGUUUCUGCAAACACGGAAAACUGAAGUCUGCUAUGGAUGCGUAUAUGGAUAUGCAUCGAAUUGGGUUAACCCCUGAUAUAGUCACAUAUAACACUUUGAUAAAUGGGUAUUGCAAAGCAUUUGACACGGCUGGUGCUGAUAAAUUCAUGAAUGAAAUCUACGCCAGUGGAUGGAACCCAGAUAUUACAACGUUUAAUAUAAGAAUCCACGGUUUUUGCUGUAGCAGGAAAAUGAGUAGAGCAGUGAUGACACUUGAUGAGCUUGCUGCAGCAGGUGUUGCUCCAAAUAUAGUCACAUAUAACACAAUGAUGAAUGGCAUCUGCAGGGACAUACUAGAUCGUGCGUUGAUAGUUACUGCUAAACUGAUUAAGAUGUCUUUCAUUCCAAAUGUGGUUACGGUAAAUACAUUGCUGUCACAAUUUUUGAAGCAGGGAAUGCCUGAGAGAACCUUAUGGUGGGGGCAGAAAUUGAGUGAAAUUUCAUUCGGCUUUGAUGAGGUUUCAGAUAGAAUUAUUGAGAGAGCCUAUGAAAGCACGCAGAAUAGUGCUGAGCUGUUCAGUGGUGCCUCUGAAAAGAGACUCUUUUUAAAUUCCUUGAUGUACAUUACUUACGAUUAUAUGUAUAGAAAUAGACAGUAUAUUGAACCAAGUCGUAGUGUGAUUAAAUUUAUGAGUAAUGGUGUUGGUGCACCAUGAAGGUUGAAAUGUGACGAGUACUUGGUUCGGCUGUGAAUGAUGCAGACUCUCAUGCAAUGGUGGAUAAACGUCUACCUAUUCUCAAAUUUAUUGUACAUGCUGUAUAUUGUUUGGCACAGAAGAUGAAGGACUGUUACUGUGGGGCUGAAGAAAUAUCAUCAAGUUGAUCUCAUUCUGCCUAUACAAAUGAAGAUUUUACUGAUAAGACUAACAGGAAAAGUGCUGUUGACGUUCAACUUUUUGGUCUUGUGGAGCAUCAUAUUGUGUGAAGACAGCAAAGAACAAAUUCAGUUGGUACUGUUUUUGAACACAUGCCUAAGAAAAGCUAAUUCAUGGUACAUCCAGCUCUCAUGGCAGACUAAGAUUGGGAGACUACUUGGAGGAACCUGAGUAUAAGCUUAUCGGGUUGAAGGGUUAGGAGUUCAGGAAGAAGGAUUUUGAUACCAUUUAUGGAGUCCAAUGGGGAGAAUCUAUCCGUUGCAAAAUGGACCCACUAGGCCAUUGAGUCCAAAUCUGAUGUGGAGAUCAAUCUGUUGCCUACUCAGUUACCUGGAUGCAUAUCUCAAAGAACUAAGCAUCAACUGUUCUUGCUAAACUGCUUUAUAACAACCCACCUCUCCACACUCAUGUUUCUCUUCUUUGUUUAUUUUCUAACUAGUUUAUAAUGGUAGAUCUAUGAAUUAGAUAGUUGGAUUGAGAAAAGUUCAUCAAUUCUCAAGAUUUGUUCAGUGGAGUGUGUGUGUGUGUGUCAGAUUUUCCAGAAAAAUUUGCAGAUGGUGGCUGGAUCGAGGGGUAUGAUGAACUGUUGAGUGUGAAGCUUCGUGUUCCUGGCACGUUAUUUUCAUUUUUUCGUGCAUGUGUGGUUUUGGUUCAUUCCAUGGCUCAACUUCUUACAAGGAUACAUGCUACCAGCUGCAUAUCCUCGUACAUUUGGAGGGGAAAAAGCUGAAAUACUAGUGUUUCCAGACAAAACAUUUUGAGUGAAAUCUUUCUUUACAAUCUGGACAAAAGAGUGACUGUUCUGCCAAAUAGCAUCCCAUCAGAAUUUUCUAGUAUUGAAAAAAGUCUGCGAUUUUUAUGACUUCUAGUUUGCUAUGACCAUUCAUGACUGGCCUAUGUUGUUGGUCAAGAUUUUAAUUGUCAGAAUCUACCUUUCCUAUUACUGUUGAGAAGUGCAAUUUUGGCGCAAUGGAUUCAUAGUCAUUUGUAUUGUAAAAUCAGAAGAUAUAUUUUUUAUUUUUCUAGAUUCAAAAGAUCUAAUGAUGAAGUUUAAUUUGUGUUCUUUAUCUCUUUGUAGAUACUUUCUGAUUCCGAUGCAUGCAGACAUCCUUCCUGCCUUCCAUCGGAGAAAAAUUAGCUUUCUUAUCAUUUUCAUCUUGAUUAAUUUAUGAUGGUUGAUCUAGCUGAAUCUAGUUACUGGCCAAAAAAGAAAAUCUAGCUUAAUUUAGCUUUCUCGGUUUUUUCGUGUCUAUUACAUACCAUCUGUUUUGCAGUUAAUUAUUUGAUAUCAAGUAAGUGAUGGACUGGGGCCACAAGAAUGCGAUGGUUAUUAUAUCUGAUUUUCUUGGGCAGGUGAUUGGAACGCAUGUAGUUGAGCUCCUGAUUGCAUUGAGACUGGCAGUUUAACAACUAAGAGUGAGGUGUGGAGUUCCAGCAUGGUAUUGCUUGAGUGGCUCGUCUGCAGACGAUCACUUCAAGUGACCCGCCCCAGGCCAAGAGCUUUCAGUUUUGGUGGAAAUGGAGCAGUUUAUUUAGUCAUCAUCACAAUUUUUCCGACGCAAUAUAUCAGAAGUGAUCAUGCCCAUGGCGAAUGUUACAUGCAGGCCUUCUUCUAUUGCUUCCUUCCCCGCUCACUUCCUCACAGAAUGGAAGGUACUGAUUAACGAGUUGGCUAUUUUGGGGCACUUAACCUGCUCUGGUAUGUGCUUCAAGUUCCUGAUCAUAAGAGAGAAAAGUUGAACAGGAAUAUGUGCUGCCCGUGGUCAAAAUAAGAUCAAGCAAACUUUUUUAGUGAGAGAAGAGGUAGUGACAUGUGCAAUCUACUUUCUUCUAUUAUCAGGAGAAGGUCUGGUUGAACCGUAAAUUUGGCAGAUUACUACAUUGAAGCUUUCCGGUCUCUCAUGUCAAUCACAGAAUAUCCAGCAUUUUAUCCCGGAAAAAGAAAGGUAAUUCUACAUCCUCACCAGUCCCCUUGAAUGCUUCGGCAAACCACAGCAGCUUUAAUACAAUCUUUGGCAUUUUGUUUUCUCAAAACAGAAUAUGUGGGAAAUUGAAGCAGUUUAUAAUUGAUUUUCAAAGUUUUUGGUUUGACUUUUAGGAAGGUUAUAUUUCCACGGCCAAAAAGGUUGAUGCCAUAGACCUUUUGAA